UUGCUAAACAACUGCAAUGCAAGCAAGCAUCCAUGAGCACCAUCUUAGAAAAGGUGAAUAAAUUAACAAAGAAGCAGGAGUCUCCUGAGCACAAGGAAAUAAGUCACCUAAAUGACCAGUGGCUGGAUCUGUGCCUUCAGUCGGACAAGCUGUGUUCACAAAGGGAGCACGACCUUCAGAGAACAAGAGAUUACCAUGACCAUAUGAAUGUCGUUGAAGCAUUCUUGGAAAAAUUCACUACAGAAUGGGAUAACUUGGCCAGAUCCGAUGCAGAGAGCACAGCUAUCCACUUGGAAGCUUUGAAAAAGUUAGCCUUGGCCUUGCAGGAGAGAAAGUAUGCCAUAGAAGAUCUGAAAGAUCAAAAGCAGAAGAUGAUAGAGCAUCUGAAUCUAGAUGACAAAGAAUUAGUCAGAGAACAGACAAAUCACUAUGAACAGCGCUGGUUUCAGCUUGAGGACCUUGUUAACAGGAAAAUCCAAGUGUCAGUCACUAACUUGGAGGAGCUCGAUGUGGUACAGUCCAGAUUUCAGGAGCUAAUGGAGUGGGCAGAGGAGCAACAACCCAACAUUGCUGAGGCUCUGAAGCAGAGCCCCCCACCUGAUAUGGUGCAGAACCUCCUCAUGGAUCACCUGGCCAUCUGCAGUGAGCUGGAAGCCAAACAGCUCCUUCUGAAGUCGCUCACAAAGGAUGCCGACAGGGUGAUGGCCGAUCUCGGCCUCGAUGAGCGGAAAGUGAUCCAGAAGGUGCUCUCAGAUGCACAGAAGCACGUGAACUGUCUCAGUGACUUAGUGGGCCAGAGAAGAAAGUACUUAAACAAAGCCUUGUCUGAGAAAACCCAGUUUCUCAUGGCAGUAUUCCAGGCAACCAGCCAAAUUCAGCAACAUGAGCGGAAGAUCAUGUUCCGUGAACACAUCUGCCUAUUACCAGAUGAUGUGAGCAAGCAAGUCAAAACAUGUAAAAGUGCACAGGCCAGCCUCAAGACUUACCAAAAUGAAGUCACUGGACUUUGGGCCCAGGGUCGCGAGUUAAUGAAAGGGGUCACAGAGCAGGAAAAGGGUGAGGUGCUGGGUAAGCUUCAGGAGUUGCAAAGUGUUUAUGACAGUGUUUUACAAAAGUGUAGCCAUCGGUUACAAGAACUAGAGAAGAGUCUAGUUUCUCGAAAGCAUUUUAAGGAAGAUUUUGAUAAAGCUUGUCACUGGCUCAAACAAGCAGAUAUUGUUACAUUUCCUGAAAUCAACCUCAUGAAUGAGAGUACUGAGCUUCAUAUGCAACUGGAAAAAUACCAACACAUUCUUGAACAAUCUCCGGAGUAUGAAAAUCUGCUACUUACACUCCAGAGAACCGGUCAGGCCAUGUUACCAUCCCUGAAUGAAGUCGAUCAUUCCUACCUCAGUGAAAAGCUAAAUGCUCUACCACAACAACUUAAUGUCAUUGUUGCCUUGGCUAAAGACAAGUUCUACAAAGUCCAAGAAACAAUACUUGCUCAGAAAGAGUAUGCUUCCCUGAUUGAGUUGACAACCCAUGCGCUGAGUGAACUGGAAGAUCAGUUCUUGAAGAUGAGGAAAAUCCCCACUGACCUGAUCAUUGAAGAGGCUCUGUCUCUCCAGGACGGCUGCAGGGCCCUUCUGGGUGAGGUGGUGGCCCUUUGGGAAGCAGUAGAUGAGCUGAAUCAGAAGAAAGAAAGUUUUCGCAGCACGGGUCAACCUUGGCAGCCAGACAAGAUGCUGCACCUCGUCACUUUAUACCACAGACUGAAGCGACAAGCAGAACAAAGGGUAGGCUUACUGGAAGAUACCACGGGUGCUUAUAAGGAGCACAUAAAGUUGUGCCAACAGCUAGAGAGACAACUAGAGGCUGUGAAAACAGAGCAGUCCAAAGUGAAUGAGGAAACGCUGCCUGCAGAGGAGAAGCUCAAAAUGUAUCACUCCCUGGCUGGGAGCCUGCAGGACUCAGGAAUUCUCCUGAAGCGAGUGGCCCUGCAUGUGGAGGACCUUGCUCCGCUCCUGGACCCUUUGGCUCAAGAGAAAGCCAGGCAUCAGGUCCACGCUUGGCAAGAGGAGCUGACACUGUUGACAUCCAGCAUUGGUGAGACCGUGACAGAAUGUGAGGCCCGGAUGGUACAGAGCAGGGACUUCCAGACGGAGAUGAGCCGCUCCCUCGACUGGCUACGGAGGGUGAAGGCAGAGCUCAGUAGGGCCAUAUGCCUGGACCUCAGCCUCCAGGAUAUCCAGGAGGAAAUCCGCAAGAUUCAGAUUCAUCAGGAGGAGGUCCAGUCCAGCUUGAGGAUCAUGAGUGCCCUGAGUAACAAGGAGAAGGAGAAGUUCACGAAAGCCAAGGAGCUGAUCUCUGCUGACUUAAAGCACACCCUCGCUGAGCUCGCCGAGCUGGAUGGAGAGGUUCAGGAAGCUUUGCAUGCCCGGCAGGUUACCUUGACUGGGAUAUAUAGUCAGUGUCAAAGGUAUUAUCAAGUCUUUCAAGCAGCUAAUGAUUGGCUUGAGGAUGCCCAAGAAAUGUUACAGCUGGCAGGCAAUGGCCUGGAUGUGGAGAGUGCAGAGGAAAAUCUCAAGAGCCACAUGGAGUUUUUCAGUACAGAGGAUCAAUUCCACAGUAAUCUGGAGGAGCUCCAAGGCCUGGUGGCCAAGUUGGACCCACUCAUCAAGCCAACUGGUAAAGAAGAUCUUGCGCAGAAAAUGACUUCCUUGGAAGAGAGGAGCCAGAGGGUCACCCAGGACUCCCAUGCCCAGUUAGGCCUCUUGCAGAGAUGCACAGUUCACUGGCAAGAUUAUCAGAAAGCAAGGGAAGAGGUUAUUGAAUUGAUGAACGAUGCAGAAAAGAAAUUAUCUGUGUUUUCUUUGUUGAAAACUUCUUCCAGUCAUGAAGCAGAAGAAAAAUUGUCACAACAUAAGGUGUUAGUGUCAAAGGUUGACGCUUUUCAUGAGAAAAUUGUAGCCCUAGAGGAAAAAACUUCACAACUGGAGAAAUUCAGCAACGAUGCUAGCAAAGCCGCCCUAAGUAGGUCGACAACCACCGUGUGGCAGCGCUGGACACGUCUCCGUGCCGUGGCCCAGGACCAAGAGAAAAUACUGGAAGAUGCGGUGGAGGAGUGGAGGGGUCUGAACAGCAAGGUUAAAAAAGCCACUGAAAUUAUUGAUCAGCUGCAAGAUAAGUUACCUGGAAGUUCAGCAGAGAAAGCUUGCAAAGCAGAACUCUUGGCCUUCCUUGAAUACCAUGACGCAUGUGUACAGGAGCUGGACCAGCAACAGCUGGCCUUGGGGAUGCUGCAGCAACGAGCACUGAGCAUGCUCCAGGAUGGAGCCCUCCCCCCUGGAGAAGAGCCACCCAUCCUGCAGGAAAUCACUGCCAUUCAAGAUCGGUGCCUCAAUAUGCAAGACAAAGUGAAGAGUAAUGGAAAGUUGGUAAAGGAAGAGCUGCAGGAGCGAGAAGUGGUGGAGACUCAAAUUAAUUCUGUAAAAUCUUGGGUUCAAGAGACAAAGGAAUACUUAGGGAAUCCAACAAUCGAAAUAGAUGCUCAACUUGAAGAAUUACAGAUCCUCCUGACAGAAGCCACAAAUCACAGACAGAACAUUGAGAGGUUGGCUGAAGAACAGAAGAAUAAGUACUUGGGUCUUUAUACUAUAUUGCCUUCUGAGAUCUCCCUCCAGUUAGCAGAAGUGGCAUUGGAUCUGAAGAUCUAUGAUCAGAUCCAAGAAAAAGUAAAGGAAAUUGAGCAGAGCAAGGCCACGAGCCAGGAAUUCAGCCGGCAAAUUCAGAAAGUGGCCAAAGAUCUCACUACAAUUUUAACGAAGCUGAAAGCAAAAACUGAUAAUUUAGUUCAAGCUAAAACUGCUCAAAAGGUCCUGGGAGAGGAAUUAGAUGGCUGUAAUUCAAAGUUAAUGGAGUUGGAUGCAGCAGUACAAAAAUUCUCAGAACAGCAUGGCCACCUGGGCAAGCCCUUGGCCAAGAAGAUAGGAAAACUCACUGAGCUUCAGCAGCAGACUACUCGUCAGGCUGAGAAUCGGCUCUCCAAGCUCAAUCAGGCAGCAUCACAUUUAAAAGAAUACAACGAAAUGCUUGAGUUGGUUUUGAAAUGGAUUGAGAAAGCUAAAGUCUUGGUACGUGGAAAUAUUUCAUGGAAUUCUGCAAGCCAACUUCGGGAACAGUACAUUUUGCAUCAGACCCUGCUAGAAGAAUCUGAAGAAAUUUACAGUGAUCUGGAAGCAAUGUCUGAGAAGUUACAGCAUCUUAGGAGUGUGUACUAUACAGAGAAGAUGUCUCAGCAAGUGGCAGAACUGGGACGAGAGACUGAGGAGCUGCGGCAGGUGAUCAGAAUCCAUAUGCAGAGCCUCCAAGAUGCAGCCAAGGAUAUGAAAAAAUUUGAAGCAGAGCUGAGAAACUUACAAGUUGCUUUGGAGCAAGCCCAGACCACCCUGACUUCUCCAGAAGUUGGGCGCCUGAGUCUUAAGGAACAAUUAUCACUUCGACAGCAUCUGCUGUCUGAGAUGGAGUCACUGAAGCCAAAGGUGCAAGCUGUGCAGCUCUGCCAGAGUGCUCUCCGGAUCCCCGAGAACGUGGUGGCCACCUUGCCACUCUGCCACGCUGCCCUGCACCUGCAGGAGGAGGCCAGCCGGCUGCAGCACUCCGCCAUCCAGCAGUACAACAUCAUGCAGGAGGCUGUGGUGCAGUACGAACAAUAUGAGCAAGAGAUGAAGCAUCUGCAGCAGCUGAUAGAAGGAGCUCACAGAGAGAUCGAGGACAAGCCUGUGGCCACCAGCAACAUCCAGGAGCUGCAAGCUCAGAUUUCCCGGCAUGAGGAGCUGGCGCAGAAAAUCAAGGGCUACCAGGAGCAGAUCGCCUCUUUGAAUUCCAAGUGCAAGAUGCUGACAAUGAAAGCCAAGCACGCCACCAUGCUGCUGACGGUGACGGAGGUGCAGGGACUGGUGGAAGUAGCGGAGGACAUGGACGGAGAGCUCCUCCCCACGCCAGCGGCCCACCCCUCUGUGGUCAUGAUGACUGCAGGUCGCUGUCACACUUUGCUGUCACCUGUCACUGAGGAGUCUGGGGAAGAGGGAACCAACAGUGAGAUUUCCUCUCCACCUGCCUGUCGCUCCCCUUCACCUGUGGCUAAUACAGAAGCUUCUGUUAACCAGGACAUUGCUUAUUACCAAUCCCUGUCUGCCGAGAGACUACAGACGGAUGCUGCCAGGAUCCGCCCCAGCACAUCUGCAUCCCAGGAGUUCUAUGAGCCAGGGCUGGAGCCAUCUGCUACUGCCAAACUGAGUGAUCUGCAGCGUUCUUGGGAAACCUUAAAAAACGUGAUCAGUGAAAAGCAGCGCACGCUCUAUGAGGCUUUGGAACGCCAGCAGAGGUACCAGGACUCUCUCCAGUCCAUCUCGACAAAAAUGGAGGCCAUUGAGAUGAAGCUUAGUGAAAGCCUCAAGCCUGGUAGGAGUCCAGAAAGCCAGAUGGCUGAACAUCAGGCACUGAUGGACGAGAUUCUCAUGGUCCAGGACGAAAUCAAUGCGCUGCAGGCCUCACUGGCGGAGGAGCUGGUGUCUGAGGCGCGGGAGUCAGACCCGGCUCAGCAGCUGGCCCUGCAGUCCACGCUCACUGUGCUGGCUGAACGCAUGUCCACCAUCCGGAUGAAGGCCGCGGGCAAACGGCAGCUGCUGGAGGAGAAACUAAACGAUCAGCUGGAGGAGCAGAGGCAUGAGCAGGCCCUGCAGAGGUAUCGCUGUGAAGCCGAUGAGCUGGACCACUGGCUCUUGAGUACCAAGGCUACCCUGGAUGGCGCCCUUGGAGCACCCAUGGAACCCAUGGACAUGGAGGCCCAGCUGGUGGACUGCCAGAAUAUGCUGGUGGAGAUCGAGCAGAAGGUGGUGGCCUUAUCCGAGCUGUCCCUCCACAAUGAGAACCUGCUGCUGGAGGGCAAGGCGCACACAAAGGAUGAGGCUGAGCAGCUGGCCGGGAAGCUGAGGACACUCAAGGGGAGCCUGCUGGAGCUGCAGAGAGCCCUGCGUGACCGGCAGCUGCACAUCCAGGAAACUGCACAAGAGAAGGAGAGAGACACUGACCUCGCGGCCGUGCAGAGCCCCGGCGUACAGGAAUGGCUGGCUCAAACUCGCACCGCACGGACCCACCAGCGGCAGAGCAGUCUCCAGCAGCAAAAAGAAUUAGAGCAAGAAUUAGCUGAACAGAAGAGCCUCCUCCGGUCAGUAGCCAGUCGUGGAGAGGAAAUUCUUUCCCAACAUUCAGCUGCAGAAACAUCCAUCGGCCUUGGUGAGAAGCCUGACGUGUUAUCCCAGGAGUUGGGAAUAGAAGUGGAGAAAUCAUGUGCUGAAGACCAGAUGAGAAUGAAAUGGGAAAGCCUACAUCAAGAAUUUAGUACCAAGCAGAAACUGCUACAGAAUGCUCUGGAACAAGAACAAGAGCAAGUGCUCUACAGUAGACCAGGCCGACUCCUGUCUGGUGUGCCACUGUACAAAGGUGAAGGACAGACACAGGAUAAAUCCGCAGUGGCAUCAUUGCUGGAUGGACUGAACCAGGCCUUCGAAGAGGUUUCGUCCCAGGGUGUAGGGGCAAAGACUCAGAAUAUACACUUGGAACAAAAGUUAUAUGAUGGAGUCUCAGCUACCUCCACUUGGUUAGAUGAUGUUGAAGAGCAUUUAUUUGUUGCCACAGCACUUUUACCAGAAGAAACAGAAACUUGUCUCUUCAACCAAGAGGCACUUGCCAAAGACAUUAAGGAGAUGUCUGAAGAAAUGGAUAAGAACAAGAACUUGUUUUCCCAAACUUUUCCAGAGAAUGGUGAUAACCGAGAUGUUAUUGAAGACACUUUGGGUUGUCUUGUGGGCAGAUUAUCCUUGCUGGACUCUGUAGUAGACCAACGGUGUCAUCAGAUGAAAGAAAGACUCCAGCAAAUACUAAGUUUCCAGAAUGAUCUGAAAGUCCUGUUUACUUCACUGGCUGACAACAAAUACAUCAUUCUGCAGAAGCUGGCAAAUGUGUUUGAACAUCCUGUAGCAGAACAGAUAGAGGCAAUACAGCAGGCUGAGGAGGGACUAAAGGAACUGGAUGCUGGGAUCGCAGAAUUAAAAAGACGUGGUGACAAGUUGCAGAUUGAGCAGCCUUCCUUGCAAGAGCUCUCCAAGCUCCAGGACAUGUAUGAUGAACUGAUGAUGACCAUCGGCUCACGAAGGAGUGGUCUGAAUCAAAACAUUGUACUCAAGAGUCAGUACGAAAGGGCUCUGCAAGAUCUUGUGGACUUGCUAGACACUGGACGAGAGAAGAUGGAAGGAGAUCAGAAAAUCAUCGUGUCUUCCAAGGAGGAAAUUCAACAAUUACUUGACAAACAUAAGGAAUACUUUCAAGGCCUGGAAUCGCAUAUGAUCUUGACAGAAACGCUCUUCAGAAAAAUCAUCAGCUUUGCAGUUCCCAAAGAAACCCAGCGCCACGCAGACCUGAUGGUUCAGGCAUCUGCUGUGCUGAAGCGGGCACACAAGAAAGGUGUGGAGCUGGAGUACAUCCUAGAGACUUGGUCCCGUUUGGAUGAGGACCGUCAGGAGCUCAGCAGACAGCUGGAGGUGGUGGAGAGCAGCAUCCCGAGUGUGGGCCUGGUGGAGGAGAGUGAAGACAGGCUCAGGGAGCGGGCCAGCCUCUACCAGCAUUUAAAAUCCAGCCUCAAUGAAUACCAGCCCAAAUUAUACCAAGUAUUAGAUGAUGGAAAACGAUUUUUGAUAUCUAUCAGCUGCUCAGAGCUAGAAAGCCAGCUAAAUCAACUUGGAGAACGCUGGCUAAGUAAUACCAAUAAAGUGUCUAAGGAACUUCACAGAUUGGAAACAAUACUGAAACACUGGACCAGAUAUCAAAGUGAAUCUGCAGAUUUAAUUCACUGGUUACAGUCUGCAAAAGACAGGCUACUAUUUUGGACUCAGCAAUCUGUGACAGUCCCACAAGAACUGGAAAUGGUCCGUGAUCAUCUAAGUGCUUUCUUGGAGUUUUCUAAAGAAGUGGAUGCCAAAUCUUCCCUGAAAUCAUCCGUUCUGAGCACUGGAAAUCAGCUUCUUCGAUUGAAGAAGGUAGACACAGCUGCUCUGCGCUCUGAGUUAUCCCACAUUGACAGCCAGUGGAUGGACCUCCUGACAAAUAUUCCAGCUGUUCAGGAAAAGCUCCACCAGCUCCAAAUGGAUAAGCUGCCUUCCCGCCAUGCCAUUUCUGAAGUCAUGAGUUGGAUCUCUUUAAUGGAAAGUGUCAUACAGAAGGAUGAAGAGGAUAUAAAAAAUGCCAUAGGUUACAAAGCAAUCCAUGAGUACCUUCAGAAAUACAAGGGUUUUAAGAUAGACAUUAACUGUAAACAGCUGACGGUGGAUUUUGUGAACCAGUCUGUGCUACAAAUCAGCAGUCAGGAUGUGGAAAGUAAACGGAGUGAUAAGACUGAUUUUGCUGAGCAGCUCGGGGCGAUGAAUAAAAGUUGGCAAAUCCUGCAAGGUCUAGUAACCGAGAAGAUCCAGAUGUUGGAAGGCUUAUUGGAAUCUUGGUCAGAACAUGAAAAUAAUGUACAAUGUCUGAAAACUUGGUUUGAAACCCAGGAAAAGAGAUUGAAACAACAGCAUCGAAUUGGAGAUCAGGUUUCUGUUCAGAACGCACUGAAAGACUGUCAGGACCUUGAAGAUUUGAUUAAAGCCAAAGAGAAAGAAGUAGAGGCAAUUGAGCAGAAUGGGCUUGCUUUGAUUCAGAACAAGAAAGAAGAAGUGUCUGGCACUGUCACGAGCACGCUGAGGGGGCUCAACCAGGCCUGGGCCAAUUUAGACCACAUGGCUGGGCAACUGAAGAUACUGCUGAAGUCGGUGCUCGACCUAUGGGGCCAUCACAAAAUGGCCUUUGAUGAAAUGAAUAGUCACCUCAUGGAGGCCAGAUACUCCCUGUCCCGAUUCCGACUGCUCACUGGCUCUUUAGAAGCUGUGCAGGUGCAGGUAGACAAUCUUCAGAAUCUUCACGAUGAUUUAGAAAAACAGGAAAGGAGCUUAGAGAAAUUUGGCGUUGUCACCAACGAACUAUUAAAAGAGUGUCACCCACCUGUGACAGAAACUCUCACCACUGCACUGAAAGAAGUCAACAUGAGAUGGAAUAACUUGCUGGAAGAGAUUUCAGAGCAGCUGCACUGGAGCAAGGCCCUCCUUCAGCUUUGGCAGCGAUACAAGGACUACUCCAGUCAGUGCAGCUCUGCGGUUCAGCAGCAGGAGGAGCGCACCAAUGAGCUGUUGAAGGCAGGGGCUAACAAGGACAUCGCUGAUGACGAGGUUGCUACGUGGGUUCAAGAUUGCAAUGACCUCCUCAGAGAACUGGGGACCACCAGAGACUCUCUUUUCAUCCUCCGCGAGCUAGGAGAACAACUCAAGCAGCAAGUGGAUGCUUCCGCAGCCCAGGUCAUUCAGUCCGAUCAGCUGUCCCUGAGCCAACACCUGUGGACCCUGGAGCAAGCUCUGUGCAAACAACAGACAGUGUUGCAGGCUGGAGUUGUUGACUAUGAAACUUUUGCCAAGAGUUUGGAAUCUCUGGAUGCCUGGAUUGUGGAAGCCGAGGAGAUCCUACAAGGGCAAGACCCCACCCACUCAUCUGACCUCUCCACCAUCCAGGAAAGGAUGGAAGAACUUAAGGGACAGAUGUUAAAAUUCAGCAGCAUGGCUCCAGAUCUAGACCAUCUCAAUGAGCUGGGAUAUAGGUUGCCCCUGAAUGACAAGGAAAUCAAAAGGAUGCAAAAUCUAAACCGUCUCUGGUCUCUUAUCUCUUCUCAGACUACAGAAAGAUUCAGUAAGUUGCAGUCAUUUUUGCUACAACAUCAGACUUUCUUGGAAAAAUGUGAGACUUGGAUGGAAUUCCUGGUGCAAACGGAGCAAAAGUUAGCUGUAGAGAUUUCAGGCAAUUAUCAGCAACUUUUGGAACAGCAGAGAGCACAUGAGUUGUUUCAAGCCGAGAUGUUCAGUCGUCAGCAGAUUUUGCAUUCAAUCAUUAUUGAUGGGCAGCAUCUUCUAGAACAAGGUCAAGUUGAUGACAGGGAUGAGUUCAACCUGAAAUUGACCCUCCUCAGUAAUCAGUGGCAGGGAGUGAUUCGCAGGGCCCAGCAGAGGCGAGGGAUCAUUGACAGCCAGAUUCGCCAGUGGCAGCGCUACAGGGAGAUGGCAGAAAAGCUUCGUAAAUGGCUGGAGGAAGUGUCCUAUCCCCCCAUGAGUGGUCUCGGAAGUGUCCCUGUACCAUUGCAGCAAGUGAGGACCCUCUUCGAUGAAGUGCAGUUCAAAGAAAAGGUGUUCCUGCGGCAGCAAGGCAGCUACAUCCUGACCGUGGAGGCUAGCAAGCAGCUCCUGCUCUCGGCAGAUGGUGCAGCUGAGGCCACCUUGCAGGCAGAACUCACUGAAAUCCAAGAGAAGUGGAAAUCCGCCAGCCUGCAUCUGGAGGAGCAAAAGAAAAAACUGGCCUUCUUGUUGAAAGACUGGGAAAAAUGUGAGAAAGGAGUAGCCGAUUCUCUGGAGAAACUAAAAAGUUUCAAAAAGAAGCUUUCCCAGACUCUACCAGAUCACCACGAGGAGCUCCACGCAGAGCAAAUUCGGUGCAAGGAAUUAGAAAAUGCAGUUGGGAGGUGGACAGACGACUUGACCGAGCUCACGUUGCUGAGGGGCUCCCUUGCUGCCUACAUCAGUGCUGAUGACAUUUCCAUCCUCAACGAACGCAUAGAGCUUCUGCAGAGGCAGUGGGAAGAACUGUGCCACCAGGUUUCCUUAAGGCGGCAGCAAGUAGGUGAAAGACUGAAUGAAUGGGCAGUGUUCAGUGAGAAGAACAAGGAGCUCUGUGAGUGGUUGACUCAGAUGGAAAGCAAAGUUUCUCAGAAUGGAGACAUUCUCAUUGAGGAGAUGAUCGAGAAGCUCAAGAAGGAUUACCAAGAGGAAAUUGCUGUUGCCCAAGAGAACAAAAUACAACUCCAGCAAAUGGGAGAACGACUUGCCAAAGCCAGCCAUGAAAGUAAAGCAUCCGAGAUUGAGUACAAGCUAGGAAAGGUCAACGACCGCUGGCAGCACCUGCUAGAUCUCAUCGCAGCCAGGGUGAAGAAGCUGAAGGAGACUCUGGUGGCUGUGCAGCAGCUUGAUAAGAUAGAGCUUCAGAGAGACAUUGAGAAGCACAGCACGGGUGUCGCCUCUGUCCUCAAUCUGUGUGAAGUCCUGCUGCACGACUGCGAUGCUUGUGCCACCGAUGCUGAGUGUGACUCCAUCCAGCAGGCAACACGAAACCUGGACCGGCGGUGGAGAAACAUCUGUGCUCUGUCCAUGGAAAGGAGGCUCAAGAUCGAAGAGACGUGGCGACUGUGGCAGAAAUUUCUGGAUGACUAUUCUCGUUUUGAAGACUGGCUGAAGAUUUCAGAAAGGACAGCUGCUUUUCCCAGCUCCUCUGGGGUGCUGUAUACAGUUGCCAAGGAAGAACUAAAGAAAUUUGAGGCUUUCCAGCGACAGGUCCACGAGACUCUGACACAGCUGGAGCUGAUCAACAAACAGUACCGCCGCCUGGCCCGAGAGAACCGCACUGACUCAGCGUGCGGCCUCAAACAGAUGGUUCACGAAGGCAACCAGAGAUGGGACAACCUGCAAAAGCGUGUCACCUCUAUUUUGCGCAGACUCAAGCAUUUCAUUAGCCAGCGUGAGGAGUUUGAAACUGCAAGGGACAGCAUUCUAGUCUGGCUGACAGAGAUGGAUCUGCAGCUCACUAAUAUUGAACAUUUUUCUGAAUGUGAUGUUCAAGCUAAAAUAAAACAACUCAAGGCCUUCCAGCAAGAAAUUUCACUGAACCACAGUAAGAUUGAGCAGAUCAUCCUGCAAGGGGAGCAGCUGAUUGAGAAGAGUGAACCCCUGGAUGCAGCCGUCAUUGAGGAGGAGCUGGAGGAACUCCGCCGCUACUGCCAGGAGGUCUUCGGGCGCGUGGAGAGAUACCAUAAGAAACUGAUCCGCCUGCCUCUACCGGAUGAUGAGCACGACCUGUCUGACCGGGAGCUGGAGCUCGAUGACUCUGCGGCCCUCUCAGACCUGCGCUGGCAGGACCCGUCUGUGGACGGCGUGCUCUCCCCCCAGCCUUCCUCCAACCCCUCCCUCUCACUCCCCCAGCCCCUGCGCAGCGAGCGGUCGGGACGGGACACCCCGGCCAGCGUGGACUCCAUCCCUCUGGAGUGGGAUCAUGACUAUGACCUCAGUCGUGACCUGGAGUCCGCAGUGUCCAGGACUUUGCCAUCUGAGGAUGAAGAGGGCCGGGAAGAGAAGGAUUUCUACCUUAGGGGCGCCGUGGGCUUAUCAGGACAUCACAGCGUCUUGGCGUCACAGAUCCAACAACUGGACAAAGCCCUGGAUGACAGCCGCUUCCAAAUGCAGCAAACUGAAAAUGUCCUGCGCAGUAAAACUCCCACGGGGCCAGAGCUGGACUCCAGCUACAAAGGCUAUAUGAAACUGCUGGGCGAGUGCAGCGGCAGUAUAGAUUCAGUGAGGAAACUGGAGCACAAGCUGAAAGAGGAAGAGGAAAACUUUCCUGGCUUUGUUAACUUGAGUGGUACCGAGACCCAGACCGCUGGUGUGAUUGAGCGUUGGGAGCUCCUCCAGGCCCAGGCCCUCAGCAAGGAGUUGAGGAUGAAGCAAAACCUCCAGAAAUGGCAGCAGUUCAACUCAGACCUGAACAGCAUCUGGGCCUGGCUUGGGGAGACAGAGGAGGAACUGGAGCAACUCCAGCGCCUGGAGCUCAGCACUGACAUCCAGACCAUCGAGCUUCAGAUCAAAAAGCUCAAGGAGCUCCAGAAAGCUGUGGACCACCGCAAAGCCAUCAUCCUCUCCAUCAAUCUGUGCAGCUCUGAGUUCACUCAGGCUGACAGUAAGGAGAGCCAGGACCUACAGGACCGCCUGGCCCAGAUGAACGGGCGCUGGGACCGCACAUGCUCUUUGCUGGAGGACUGGCGGGGUCUGCUCCAGGAAGCACUGAUGCAGUGCCAGGAUUUCCAUGAAAUGAGUCAUGGUUUACUGCUUAUGUUGGAGAAUAUUGACAGGAGGAAAAAUGAAAUUGUCCCUGUCGAUUCUCACCUCGAUGCAGAGAUCCUCCAGGAUCAUCACAAGCAGCUGAAGCAAAUAAGGCGUGAGCUGUUGGAGUCCCAACUCAAAGUGGCCUCACUGCAAGACAUGUCUUGCCAACUCCUGGUCAAUGCUGAAGGCACUGACUGUUUAGAAGCCAAAGAAAAAGUUCAUGUCAUUGGAAAUCGGCUCAAACUUCUCCUGAAGGAGGUCAGUUGUCACAUCAAGGAUCUGGAGAAGUUAUUGGACGUGUCAAGCAGUCAGCAGGAUUUGUCUUCCUGGUCUUCUGCUGAUGAACUGGACACCUCAGGAUCUGCGAGUCCUACAUCAGGAAGAAGUACCCCGAGCAAACAGAAACCGCCACGAGGCAAAUGUAGUGUCUCACAGCCUGGACCCUCUGUCAGCAGCCCAAAUAGCAGGUGCACAGAAGGUGGCUCCGAUUCCUCCCUUUCUGAGCUGCGGCCUGCUCGGUCAGGCCGAGCGUUCCUAUUCCGAGUCCUCCGAGCAGCUCUCCCUCUUCAGCUUCUCCUGCUUCUCCUCAUUGGGCUGGCUUGCCUUGUACCAAUGUCGGAAGAAGACUACAGUUGUUCCCUCUCCAAUAAUUUUGCCCGGUCAUUCCACCCCAUGCUCAGAUACACCAAUGGUCCUCCUCCACUGUGAACCAAGCAGAUGCCACCUGCCACAGUGAUGGUAGCAUGAGGAGGAAGAGCCCAGGAGAAGUCCCAAACUAUCAAACUGAACCUCAACCUUGGCAGAAGCCCUCAGUGUGGCAGCUUUAUCCCUACUCCAUAUUCCUGAGCGCAAGUCACAGUUUCUGAGGUGGAUGAAACACAGUGAGAGGAGGAGAACGAACGGAGGGUCUGGAAGAAAUUUUGUUUGAGCGUCUGAGCCUAAAGAGAUUGGGUAUGGACACCCAAAGUUUCCUGGACUUGUGAAUUCUGGGCGUUUGGCCCAUUUGACACAUAGCCAAGGACUUGAGUAGACCGUCUGGGCAGCUUUCCCAUGGUGCUGCUCUGUCCACCGAAGAAACAGCCCUCUCGAGUGCCACGUCAGUAUCAUACAAUCUACCAACCAGUGAGUGCUGAAGAGUUUAGAACCCUGUGACAUACAAUUUCUAAGAGCUUAUAUGGCAGCUUUCUUUAUACUUUUUUUUGGGCGUGAUGUUCUAACCUUUGCUUUAGAAGCACAAGCUGUAAAUCUACAAGGCACUUUUUUUAAGAUAUAAAGAAAAACUAGAUGUAAUAAAAUUAUGGAAGGCUUUAUGUGAAAAAGAAGUUGAAUGGUAUAGUAUAAAAAAGAUAUUUAUGUAAUGUACAGUUUGCUAAAGCCAAGUUUUAUUUGUAUUGAUUUCUUUGCAUUUAUUAUAGAUACUAUAAAAUAUCUUGUCUAUGCUUUUUCUUUCCCUAAAAAGUGACUCUCAAUUUCAUUAUUAAGCAGGCACUGAUCUUAAUAGUGCCAAAUACAACCUAAGUUAUAUUUUCUGUGGAAUAAAUGAAGCCAGGACAUAUGUAUAUCUUAAAAGGAAGGAGUGUUUGGAGGUAGUACAUAUUUAGACAUAGAAGAACCUGGAGGAUUCCUGUUCCCUCUUCCUUCUAGAGCCCAUCGGAUCUUGUGAAUUCCUGCUUCCUGAAUGACUUCUUAUUCUCUUCUGGUUUCCCAUGGCACAGGUGGCAGCACCUCCUGGUAUCUCCUGCCUAAAAACCCUUCUCUAAUCUGUCCCAAGGGUCUACAACAACCACCUGAAUCUCUUGAAGCUCUCUUUUCUUCACACUCUUUCUUGGCUGCAAAACUUUCUGAUUUUCUUUCUUUCUUUUAACUAGCAGUCAAAAUAUAAUUUUAGUCUGUUAUUCAAGUAUACGUACUUAAGAUUUUAUUUUCCCCUCUGACCUUGCCAGCUCCUGGAAUUAUUUGGAUGCUCGUGGCAUUUUAAUCUAUCAUUUAGCAAUUUGAAGAGCCAGAGUUCAGCCUCCUGUUGGAAAUAGAAAGCAAAGUGACCAGACCACAUAUUCCUGCACAGCAGGAAUUGCAGGGUUUAUUGGCCACUGUCUCUUUAGGAACUGGGACAGUUUUCCAUCUGCACUUUUAUCCCCUCAAUUUCCCUUGUUGCUUGUACUAGCCUGGCUUCCAAAGCUAUUUAAAUUUACACUUCUUGCUCUAAUUCAAAUGUUUAGACUAAACCAAGUUAGCUGGAGCUGACUUCCAUGAUUUCUGUGAUACACACAUAUCAAGAACCACCUCUACGUGGAUCCUGAGAUUUAUAAGCUUUUGAUUUCUGGGCUGACUUCAGGCCUUCUUCAAUCUAUAGGGCGGGGCCUGGGCACUUGUAUUUUAAACAGGUUCCUGGGCAUCUUUAUCUCUACUAACUGUUGAGAAGCACUGCCCCACAUUUUCUUAACUUCAUCUUUUUAUUCUUAACACACCUUCUCUUGGGCCUUAUGAGACUCAGUUCACCAGCCAGCUCCGCAUUGAUCAAUAUCCAGGUCACUUUUAGACUGUCCUUAAGCCUUCCCUCUACAGAGCUUUACUCACAUGGCAUUUCUUGUGCAUGUGUUGUGCAUCUACUGUCAGCCUGUCCCUCUCAAAACUCCCCUGGGGUCUUCCUUGGGGAACAGUGUUAUUUUAUGGAAAAGACAAAGCUGCCCUAUGUCCCUGCUCUGGAGCAUGUGCAUGCGGUUGAGAUGACCUCUCUGUGGGACCUAUCUCUCUCUGGCUUCCUUGUCACUCCAGGCACCCAAGGAAUCUCCUGUUCGUAUGGAACCCACCACAUGGUCACAAAGAGUCCUUGCAAAGCCAAGCACAGUGCACAGCGGAGGAUUUCCUUUCCCUAGGAUUGUUCACUGUCUUUGUCGUCAUUGCUUAUCACUGAAGAAUCUGAUGUUAAAUAUUGUAGAGAGAAGAAUGUUUUGAGCCAUUUAGUGAAACAACCCAGGCCAUUGCCCAAAAUGAGCAUAUGCUCUACCACUAGGUUAUAUCCCCAGACCUUGAAAAGAAAAAAAAAUCAAAUUUAAUUAGGAAAACACAUAUAGUUUCCUGUGUGCCUUUCCAAUACUCUGUGAAACACCUGAUGCAGUGCACAAUAUGCAUUUCCAUUAAAGUCCUCCAGACUUUACACUGGAAAGGGAAUGAAACUGGGAGCCCCAGGGAGAGUGGGCACUGAAGCCAUGGGGUCCGGGCUUCCACAGAUGCAACAGCUGGACCAGUUGCAGAGGAGACCAGGGCCGCUGUGCAGAGAUCUCGCAGCCUCGGCACCUUGGGGGAAGGGGCACUAGGUCCACACCAAGAGGUUACCUCAGAAACAGAGAGAUGCACUCCUCAAAGGCUUCGAGGAAGGGACGGAUAUUUCAAAGAAUUCUAAUGCAAUAAAAAGACCUGGAUGCAAGCUGGAGAGGCUCAGGUUUCUGGAGGUCUCUGUAGUGAGGACUAUCAAGAGUCCUGCUGAGCCCUGGAGAGGGGAAAUGAUGUUGCAAGACAGAGGAACUGAGGAAGACCACAGGCAAAGGGCACCAGCUGAGCAAGGAGGGUGGGAAGAGAAGGGCUAAGAACACUGGUGGCAAGAUCUGCACAAGCAAACAGGAACUAUUAGAAAAGGUGAAGAAAAAAGUCUGUAGAGCAAAGGUAGAGAAACAAAGGCUUAGAACUAAAAAUACUGCAGUAGGAGAUUCAGGUAGAAAAGAAAGGUUUUUCAGGAAAACUACCCCUGAUGAGCAAGGAUAACGCCUUCAGGACGAUGUGGAGGCAGCAACUUCCCUGGUAUAAUUGAGAAGCAACACCUUUUGGGGCUCAGAGGGAAAUUCUUCAAGCCAAAAGCUGAGAUUUCCUAUCAGAAGGCAGGUUGAAGAGAUUUAUAGCCCUCACCCUGAGACCAAAUAGUAUGAAAUUAUAGUUACAAAACUGUGUUGGCAAGCCAUAUAAAAGAUCAUAAAACAAGAAACAAUGGAGUGAGAGAUUUAUGCAAGUUGGUCAUGGCCAGAUAGGCAGGCCCCGGGAGGAGCAGGUCCAGGUGUGCCUGGGGCAACUCAAUGGUGGGGUUCUUUGCUUUGUACCGCUGUUCUGCCCUCACCAUCACCAAAUAUCCACAGGAAGUUGCAUAACAAUUACAGUAGUCUCCAAGUGCAUGCCAGAUGAGUCCCAAAAGAUCUGGGCAGAACAGUAUCCUGUAAAUGCCUACUGUGUGGCCAGAACUGCUCCAGCCUCUAUUCCAGUCCAGUCCCAGCUAGGGCUUCACAACUUCUUGUUAAUUGUCCAUCAAAGCACUCCCAGUUGGGCCACUGGUGUGCAGAAUCCCUAUCUCCCUCCACCACCUCUCUCCUGAAAGGAGGAUAAAAGUGAAAGAGGAAACUGGAAGAGAACCCAAUGCAAACUAUCUAAUUUAGGAGAGUGAAGGGAGAUGAGUCUGUUAGAUGUAUCUUUAUUUUCUCAGAACAAAUUGCCUCUCUUUUUAACUUCUUUGUCAUCAGUUUGUGUUAUAGCAGGAUGCAUUUUGGAAGAUCAUGACUGUUGCUCUGUGGAAAUGGAGGUAGGCAGAGUGGUUUACAAGCCGGCGGGGGGCAAUUUUCAGUUUAGUCAUACUCAGCACUGAGAGGCUAAUUUGGGAGCAGAGAGGUGUUUUGCUGAGCAUGGCCAUUGUAAUUUUAGAUUUAAUGAUACACUGUGAUAACUGUGGCUGAUCGUCAUACCUAGAGCAGCCCAGAGAGAAUGAAACUGAAUGGGGAGGGCAUUUACUCUGCAGGUCCUGGCUUCUCACUCUCUCCCAACCAUCUGUACAAUAUCCACCAGGAGCCACUGGGGGAGAAGCAAUCUUCAUUUUAGGGGAACGCUCAUGCCAGUGAAUAAGUGAAACGGGGCUAAACAAGGACCCCUGGAGCCUCUGCUGAGCAGCUACUGACAGUCCAUAGGCAAAGGCAUCAGAGAGUUGAGACUGGCAAAAAAACAUGGGGCAAGGGGCUGCAACACAGCUGAACAAGAACAUUUAAUCCAGAACUGAAGAAGCCAACUGCGUCUGUGAUGAAUCUUGUUAAAACAUGGAGGUAACAGAAAAAUGAAUCAGCCUUACAGAGUUUUUUAACAUGUUACCUAAUACAGGUAGAAGAACAGAACUGAAUCUGUACCCAAAGUUGUAUUAAGACAAAGUCUCUUAUAAGCUGUGCCACAGAUGUUGCAUGUCAUGCCGUAUGUGGUCAGAAGAAACCUGACCUCUCAGUUGAAGAAUUCUAUCAGAGCCAUGGUCCAAAGACGUAAGUCCUCCUGAAAGCAUUCUUCAGGCACCUGAUGGGUUCAGAAAGAAAAGCUACCAAGCACCUGCCAACAUCACUGGUAGUUCCUGGCAGCCACACACCCCCACACCCUAAAGCACACAUUGUGGCAGGAAGUCAGAAAAGCCCCCUCCCAGGCCCUGUGGGAUGCACAGGUCAGUGGGGAGCUGCAUGAGGGACGCCAGUGGCCAAGGCUUUCCUACGUGUGAUUCUUGAUCGCCAAUGUCACUGGUCUCUGUCCCCUGGAAAUUUACACUUGCACCCCAGUUGGCCCCAGGCUGGGUUUCCAGGCCAACACAGGCCCCAGCUUGCCCUCCUAAUCCUUUAACCCUCCCCACUGGUCACAAUGGCAAGCUGCAUAAGCAAAAUCCUCAUCUUCCCAUGACUUUUAAUGUCAGCUUCACCGAACAGUAAGUUUCCACGUCGAUCUGGCCUUUUAAUCUGUGCUCUAUCCUGUGCUAUUGAUCCACUGGCCAUUCGAAGUUUUAAUUAUAAUAGUAAAGUAGUGUAAUUAAUUAUAGCAAUAAAAUA